CCCUGAAGCCGGGCAGGAGCCUCAUGGAUUGGAUCCGGCUGACCAAAAGCGGGAAGGACUUGGCUGGGGUGAAGGGGCGGCUCGUUGAGGUGACCGAAGAGGAGCUUGCCAAGCACAGCAGCAAGGAGGACUGCUGGAUAUGCAUAAGAGGCUUUGUCUAUAAUGUCACUCCCUACAUGGAGUAUCAUCCUGGUGGUGAGGAAGAGCUAAUGAAAGCGGCAGGCACGGAUGGUACAGAUCUCUUUGAUCAGGUUCAUCGUUGGGUCAAUUAUGAGUCCAUGUUGAAGGAGUGUCUUGUUGGAAGAAUGGCUCUCAAGCCUGUUUCUGUUUCAAAAGAGAUUUCCUCUAUAUCUGAAGAGAAGAAACGGCUUAAUGGAUUGCUUCUUGAAAAGAAAGUCCUGGAUGCUUCUGCUAAAGACUCCACUCCAAGUUAUGACUGGUUCCAAACGGAUAGUUUGAUCACCAUUGUUAUAUACACUAAACAGAAGGAUAUGAAUGCAGAGCUGGUGAUAGUUGACUGUGAAGACAAAAGAUUAAGGGGAGAGAUCAUCCUGAAUGACUACUCGUAUGUCCUAGAAGUUGAUUUGGAUCAUGCCGUUGAAGAAGACUUUUUAAUAAAAAUUGCUGAAAAAAUUGGGAAGGUGGAGAUAAACUUAAAGAAAAAAGAUAACAAUCAUUGGAAAACCCUGGGACAGCCUUUGGAGAGUCAUAACACAUUUGUCAAACGCAAGAGCAGAGAUCUGUUCUACAGAAAAUGCAAGUUGGUUUCUAAGACAGAAGUUACCCAUGACACCAAGCUUUUCUGCUUCAAGUUGCCUGAGAGCACUCAUUUCCACAUUCCCACUGGACAACAUGUUUACCUCAAACACAUCAUUGCAGGGACAGAGGUAGUAAAGCCAUACACACCUUUAUUGCCUUUUUUGCCGCUGGAUUUCGAAGAACCCUCCUGCCACGAUAGUGCAAAUAUAUACUUAAUGAUUAAAAUUUAUCCCAGUGGACUGUUCACACAGGCCCUUGACCGCCUACAAAUCGGAGACUGUAUUUCUAUCAGCAAUCCAGAAGGGAACUUCAGGAAGUCCCAAGUUGAAGCUGUAGAAGAUCUGGUUUUGUUGGCAGCCGGCACAGGCUUCACACCAAUGGUUAAAGUGCUGAGUUUUGCUCUGACUGAAGUUGUUAGUCUCCGGACAGCAAAGCUGAUCUUCUUCAACAAAACAGAAGAUGACAUACUUUGGAGAAAUCAGCUGGAGCAAUUAGCCCUUAAAGAUGAAAGGUUUGAGGUUCAGUUUGUUCUUUCGGAACCAGCAAGGGGCUGGGCGGGUCAGCAGGGCAGAAUUUCUUCAUCUCUUCUCUCUGGGUUUCUGAAGAGAAGCAGGAAAGACUCCAAAGUGCUUGUCUGCAUCUGUGGUCCAGCACCUUUUACUGAACAAGGAGUACAAUGUCUGAAGGAUCUUGGUUACUCCCAAGAAGAAAUGCAUGCUUUUACUGCGUAAAAUGAAAUGAAGAUAUCAGUGUGUCUUUGUACAGCUCAACCUUAUUUAUUUACCUUCAUGGCUUUAUUUAAAUGAAAAGUAAUUUUUUUAAGACUUGAGAUUUCACUCUUGGUACCAAACCGUUUCUUGGAAGAAAUAUAUCUUUGAAAAAGCAUUUUAUACUGUGUUUUAUCUUGUUUUUGUAAAUAUUUUUGUUAAUACUUAAAAUUCACCCAGGAUAUUAAUUUAUUGUAGAGGCAAGCAGAAGUGUGUAGUACACAUUGUUGGUUAUAUAAUGUUAUUGACUCAUAAGAAUUUUGAAAUAUGUAACAAGCACUGAUGUAGGUUUUGACUCAAUGCGUAUUAUUUCUUACUGUAAAAUGUCUUAAGAGCAAUACUGUCUGAAUUUAAAUACUGCACUGUAACUCAGGUAACUGAUCACUGAAAAUCAUUCUUUGUCGACUUAAAUUUUUAUUUGACUUGCAGGCAAACCAGAUAGGUUCUUGGUUUUGUACAUAUUUACAGA